CUUCUCCCUCCCGCCUCCUCUCCCCCUGUGCCGCGGGACCCCUGGGGACGGCAGCCCCCCGGAGUCCGGCACUUCCCCCGAGGAGGCCUUUCCGGGCAGCUCUGGAGCGCCCCGGGAUAGAGCCGAGGGAUUGUCCCACGGCCGCCGUGUGCCAGGGAGGAGGCGCCUGCCGCCCUUCCCCUUUCUGCUGCCUGUGAGCAGGGCCCGGGGCGAGACGGGCGAGGAGCUUCCUCAGAGGCGGGAGCAGCGCGUUACGGCCUGGGAUCGCUGUGUCCGGGUGACUGGGGGCUCCCGGGCGGAGCGUUGUUUUGAAGAAUGUCUGGAAGUUUCUACUUCGUGAUAGUUGGUCAUCAUGAUAAUCCCAUAUUUGAAAUGGAAUUUCUGCCUCCUGGAAAAGUAGAGUCGAAGGAUGAUCAUCGCCAUCUCAACCAGUUCAUUGCCCAUGCUGCUCUUGACCUCGUAGAUGAGAACAUGUGGCUUUCUAACAACAUGUAUUUGAAGACUGUGGACAAGUUUAAUGAAUGGUUUGUUUCUGCUUUUGUCACAGCUGGACAUAUCCUUCCCUAUUCUCUUUCCUUAUAUGUAUAUAAGAAAACCCUUUUCCCAGAAAGAGUUUUAUUCUCCUUAAUUACCAUACAUAUGAGAUUUAUAAUGCUUCAUGAUGUAAGGCAAGAAGAUGGCAUUAAGAACUUCUUUACUGAUGUAUAUGAGCUGUAUAUAAAGUUUGCAAUGAAUCCAUUUUAUGAACUCAAUACUCCUAUUCGAUCCACUGCCUUUGAAAGGAAGGUCCAGUUCCUUGGAAAGAAACACCUUUUAAGCUGAAUAAAUAAAUUUUCUGAGUGAGUGCUUUUUCCCUACUUUCCUGAUUGAACUGUCCCCUGCAUGUUUUAUAUUCAUCUUCUGAAGACUAAUUGGAUGCUGAAGCAGCUUUCUCUUUUGCCAAUAUAGAUAAGAACACCCAAGCUUCUCUGGUUAAGAAUGUGUAUCUCAAGAAGUUUCCUUUUAUGUGGUAUGAAAACCAAGUUUUAAACUGUCAGAGGCUACAGAGGUACAAAAGAAGAAACUGAGACAUUAUGUGUUGAUGCAUAUGCAAAGUGUAAGCCUCUGACAGAGGGUGGGAGGAAAUCAGACCUAAAUGCAAAAGAUGUCGCCAGUCAUCUGGUUUAAUAUGAGCAAAAGGGAAUUCUUGACUGUUUGGCCCAAGUGCUUAAUCUUACAGUAAACUUUCCUACUUGUAUUCCUUCAGUAGAGAGCUCACUCUGCAGACCAACCAGAUUAACAUACUUUGUAGUAGUAAAUCAAGCUUCUAUUUAUUUAAAUGUAAUUGUAUGUAUAUAAAGUGCUCAAUAAAAAUUGGAUAGAUCAGAAAAGCUGUCUCCAGUACUUCCAAGAAAUUUUGAGGAAAACCCCUAAAGCUUAUAAGUGUGUAUUUUCAAAGUUUUGAUGUAUUUAGUGCAAUACACAUUUAGCUGCAGUGUUGCAUCAAUGAAUGAAGUAGACCAGAGCAUCCAGAUCUGCCCUGACAUUAAUUCUAAUCCACACAUGAAAAAACCCAAACGAAAUUUACAUGUUUAAACCCACGGGUUUUUCCCAUUAUUUCUGCAACUGCUGAAACUUUCAUUUUGUAAAUAAAUUUAGAGGAUUUUUGAAUUACGAAACUGUGUUUGUUGAGCUUUCAGAAAGACAUUAUUUGGCCUGUCUGGCUCCUAUUCCACUGUAAAAUGUUCAGGAACCAUUUUGCAAAACUUAACAUCAUUCCAAACUAGUAAGUUUUAAACAGAUCAUCUGGCAUAUAUGUACCUAAUACUUUGCUUGGGUUUACAGUCUUAAGUAUUCUGUUCCUUUUUGCAGCAAAUCUGUAUAAGCUAUCUUCUUGUACUUUUUUGAACAUGUCUGAAAAGUAAUUUCCAAAGGAAGUGGCAUGCUGUUCUAAGAAGUAUUUUGCAUAGUCUGUAUAAUUAAGGAGACCACAUGUGUAUGUGCUAUAAAUGUAUAGUCAGUCAUUAUUUCUGCACUUACUACUAAGCUGUCACUGUAAAAUGUUCCACAAGAAAAAAGAACAUGAUAAAGAGGUUGCAAUAUUUACCUUAAAUAAAAGAUGGAAUGAUGUAGUA